AUGGAGCUUCAAAGAGCACAACGGAACCUAAAAUUUUUACAAAAUGAGGAUCCCAUGAAUGUUGCCAAUCACGACAGCCUAAACAGUGAGAGCCAAAGUGUCUCUUCUAUAGCAAUGGAAACUCAGGUACCAGAUGUACAGUUUUCUUUAUCAUCUGGUGAUGACUCUAUUGGUACGCAAGAAAACAACGAGACUACACAUAAGUCAUCCGUGGCGAGGGAAACUACUAAAUGCAAUACGGAGAGUAAUGCGAAUGUUGAUGCAAUAAAUACAGGUUCAAUUCAUGCUUCUCACUCUAAUUCACUCAAAUCGGAUGUAGUUGAAGAGAACAUAUUCAUUAACACUCAGAUUCAAAGUCGACUUGAUGACGCAGAGGAGGAAACAAAUCUAAAAUCCAAAAUGAAACAAUUCAAGUAUGCGUCCCAGUGUAAUCAAUACGAUAAUCUCGGCAAUAAAAAUAUAGCAAGAAGAAGGCCAGCAAUAAGGAAAUCCAAACCGAAACUCAAAUCGAAGACUAGGGAUAAACGAGACCCUAAUGCUAUUAAAAAUAUAACUGAUUUUAAUAUUAAUAACUACAAACUUUCACGGGCUGCUAGUUUAUUAAAGCAAUUGUCAGGUAAGCACAAGAAGGUUUUGGAUAUAAUAAAGGUACAAAAUGAAGGAAGUGAUAGCGCACCGUCUAAAGCAAAGAAUGAUAAGGGUGAAGGUGCCACAUUUGAUACCUAUAGUGGACAGGAAUGGAAGUAUAUUAUGAAGCUGCUUUUGGAAAAGUUUCCUCAUAGUGAAACAACGGACUUGAAUAAAGUCCAAAAAUUCUUAUAUGGAAGCGAACAAUCGUCGAGUGGCUUGGACGAUCUAGAAACAUCACAAAAAAAGCUCUGGACAGCAUCACAGUUACCACCAAAACUUCCUAACGAAACUAACCAACCAAAACAAGAGGAAAGGACGCAGGACAGCCAAAGCGCAGUAAACUUCCUGUCGUUGUCUCAAGUGAUGGAUGAUAGGAGCGAGAUUAUAAAAGACGAAGAGGACAUAAUCACUUCAGAAUCGUUUUCUGCAAGCCUUCAAGAAUAUGGAAAUAACAUAGAGAUACAAGAAACGUUAGAACACAGUUUUGGUGAUAAUAUUGAAUUGACUGUGGGAACACAUAUUAACGGAUUUUCACUCACAGAUUAUAAGGCUUGUAAACCCCUGUCUGCUGAAGUGGGUACAAAAUGCAAAAAUAACGGGGAUGAAGAUAAUGAUGAUAUUUCUGUUGUCUCGGAUACUACCGAUGAGACAUCGACGUUAUUUCCAUUAGACCCAUACCGGUAUAUUUUCAUUGAAAAAGACAAAAAACCAGCAUCGACCACGGACACCGUUGCAAGCACACAAUUUUUCACUCCCAACACAUCACCAUUGGAUGGCAUAAUCGAUUUGACACAGGAAUCGUUCAAAGCCGUUCGGUCAUUGAUUUCGCCCUUGAAGGCGGAAAGCAAUAGGCCGACAGCAUCACAGGCAUCGAAUCAAGUUCAAAUUCAAGUCCCAGCAACGAGAACCCCCACAAUUAUUCCCCAAAAGAAUCUCAUGACAACAUUAAAAACUGAAGGAGAAAGGACUGAUUUGGGAAAUACCAUCAGAGUUAAAUUAUUGCAUAAAAGAGUGAGUGAACUAGACCCCGAAUUAGUAAAUUGUGAUUGUCAUACAAUUGAAGCUAAUGAUUCUGAAGAAGAAGAGACGGAGCUAGAUAAUGAUCUAUUCUGCAUUGCAGAUGUCAAAUUAGCAAACUUGCCUAAAACCUCGACCGAAACACCAAUACCGAAUCUUCUUGCCAAAAACAGUAUUGAUGAUGCCGUUACCGCAAGUCCAACUACUUCACCUGAAAAAUUUCAUGAGAUAAUCACGUCACAGUCAAUGAAGGAGCUUCGACAAAGCUUGAAAACGGUUGGACUAAAACCCAUGAGGACGAAAGUCGAAAUCAUACAAUCAUUACAAACUGCAUCGCAGAUUUUGUCCAUAGCCACUCCAGGUGAUAGUGACGGGCAUGACGGGGUGAUAGGUUUCAGUAAGACGGAGAUAUUUGAUCAUUUAACCGAGCUAAUUCAAUCUUUUCCAGGGGUUUUAGAGCGAAUAUAUACAUUUGAACCCAUCCCACUAUACGAAUUAAUUGAAAAAUUGUUCAGCCUGGAACCAUUUGUCUCACAAAUCGACGAGAUGACCAUCAGAGAAUGGGCUGACAUUCAAGGGAUAUGUUUAAGAAACGAUAAAAAAUAG